ACCUGGCUUUGGACAAAGGGUGGACACUCUGCCAUAAGCUAUUGUAGGUAGAAGGCACAGAAAUCCCCAUCCCCACUAGCCCUGUCCCCAGGGCCCAGAUGGCCUCUGGUCCGAGGAAACCCAUUCCCUGCAACAGGCAGGGCCUUGAAUUGCAGGCCAUUGCUUUGGAGUCAGAGAAAGCCUGGAGCCUCAAGAAGCUUUCUUGGAAGCUCUGGUCAGUACAGUGGUUUCUUGAACUUUUAUUACCCAGAGAGGGAGUGCCUCCUUCAGUUGGUGCCCUGGACGCUUUCCUUGCCUCAUUCUAGUCCCGACUUUGGCCCCAGGCGCCAGAACCUCCUGAGGCUGUUCCAGGCUAGCAGAGCCAGGCCCACAGUCAGCCAAACCUAGGGUCAGCCCUCGUUCUGCCAAGAGUCGACCUUUGGCAAAUCACCUGACAUGUCUGAGCCUCAGUGUGAACAUCUGUAAAAUAGAUAACCGGUGAGGUCUGAGGCCUUGGUCAUUCUGCCCCCUCUGGAAGCAGGCCGGUGGGAGCCUGAGUGGAGGCUGGCCCAAGUGCGCUGGGGACUAGCCAAAGCCAGGACCGGUGUGACUCAGGGCGCAGGUCCUGGGAUCCGGCAGCUUCUGGUAGAGUCAGGCCAUCGGGAAGCCCCGGGUGCUCUCAACCCGCCGUGCCUCUGCAGGAGCCCAGGGAGCCCGGCCCAGGCCCGCCCCGCCCAGCGCCCACUAGGGCGUGUUCCCACCUUCGGAGGCGCGGGUUUCCCGGAGUCUGGCCGGUACCGGGGAGUUAGACUGGGAGCGCCCACUUGGGGAUGACAAGGGACGCCUGCCUGCCGGGCCGGGUGCCGAGGCAGGGCGCCGAGCAGCAGGGCCCUGGCGGCGGCGACCGGGGCUUCCCUGACUGCCCUCCCCGGAGGACCCGGGAGGAAAUGACAGGGCGGGAGCCGGGGCGGGCGCGAAGGGAGGGGCGGCGCCCGGGGUGACACGGCCCGUCACUGAGGAGGCCGCCGCGCAGACCCUCCCCGCGCGGGGAGCCGGGGAUUCCCCAGACACAGACCCUCCCCCGGCGGCCGUCCGCCCGCCGCGCCCUGGCCCCCUGGGACCCCAGAGCGGCCCGCGGCCAGGCCGGCACACCGAGGCUGAGCGGGCCGGAGAGGCUCCCCGGGAGGGCGCCGGGGUCCCCGGGCGCAGCGACAGGAAACUCUAGGGAGUGAAUGGAAAGAAGUGGGUGGUCCGGCCCCUGCGACUUCCCCUGACAUCACUGCCCAAAUAAGGAGCUUCCAAGCGGCCGCGGGGCGGCCCAGAGCCGCGCCCGCCGCCGGCGCCCGCCAGCCAGCCCGCCCCGCGCCCACCCCGCGCCGCGUGGGCCGCCAGCGAGCGCCCGGGGCACCGCCGGGCGGAGCCGAGCCGGGCGGAGCCGAGCGAGCGGGCGCUGCCGAGUCGCGCGGAGGCCGGGCGCGCAGCCCAGCGCAGCCCAGUCCAACCCCGCGCAGCCCACCCCGGAGCAGCGGAGCCGCGGCCGCUCGGCAGGAUUCGAGGCACAAACCCGACAGCCUCAAAGUAGUUCAUGGAGGAGCCUGGAGAGAUCCUGGGCUGGCCAGCUCUCCCUUCUGGAGGGAGGAGCAGAGCGUGAGAGGAGAGCAGCUGCAGCAGGAGUGGUCAUGAACGCUGGUUUUCCACGAGAACAGCGUUUCAGUUUCGGUCAUCGAAAGUGGUGCCUUCAGCGCAGAAGAGCGUGAGUUCCCCUCGGCAGCUGUUGAUCUCCAAUGCGAGACUAAAGGGCAGAAGAGGCCAGAAGGAACCACCCACAGCAUCCAGUGUGGCCACUAUCGUGCCAGAACCAGGAAUGACCGGGCCAUGCACAGAGAUGUCUCCAGUCUUCAACGGUUUGCAUAGCAUACAGGGGACUCAUGGGUGGCCACUUGCCACCACCAACUGAAACAAUACGAUGGCAACAUUGACAUCCUUCAUGACAUUUCUACAACAGACAUUCAGGCAGAAAGUGCUGGUGCAUUUUCUGUCUGCAAAGUAGAGGGCCAUGCCUCACUGAUGUGAAUAGUUUGGGCCCUGAUGACCUGCUCUGAGUCCACUCGCAGCCAGUGACACUUGCAAAAAACUCCCAAAGCCGUCUGGGUUUGGCUUCUGCAGCUCUUGACCAAUGUGGCCAAAGCCAGAGGCCUCCUUGGGACACUUGGAUUAUUCAUAAAUGCAGCCUGCCCCAACCCUCCCUGAAUAGCAUCUGAAGUCUCUGUGGAGGUCAUGGAUCCUGAACAAAGUGUCAAGGGCACGAAGAAGGCUGAGGGAAGUCCCCGGAAGCGGCUGACCAAAGGAGAGGCUGUUGAGACCAGUGUUGCAUCCAGCACCCCGUACCCAGGCAGCAGCGCAGCUGCCACCCAGGAGGGCCCCCUCGCAGAGCUCCCAGCCCCACAGCCCUUCCAGGGCCCCUCGUCAGUCCUUAGGGAAGGUCCUCAGGAGAAAACAGGCCAGCAGCUGAAGCCCCCCAGGAGGUCCACCACUGAAACCUCUAUCCACAUCUCGCAGCUCCCGCAGCACCCUCUGACACCAGCGUUCAUGUCACCUGGCACACCAGAGCACCUCCUGGAGGGAUCCACGUGGCAGCUGGUCGACCCCAUGAGACCCGGACCCUCAGGCCCCUUUGUGACGCCUGGGCUCCAUCCUCAGGGCCAGCUCCUCCCUCCCCAUGCUUCCAUCAUCCCCCCUGAGGACCUGCCUGGCAUCUCCAAAGUCUUUGUGCCCCGUCCCUCCCAGGUCUCCAUGAAGCCCACAGAGGAGGCACCCAAGAAGGAGAGGAAACCACAGAAGCCGGGCAAGUACAUAUGCCAGUACUGCAGCCGGCCCUGCGCCAAGCCCAGCGUGCUCCAGAAACAUAUCCGCUCACACACGGGGGAGAGGCCCUACCCCUGCGGCCCGUGCGGCUUCUCCUUCAAGACCAAGAGCAACCUCUACAAGCACAGGAAGUCCCAUGCCCACCGCAUCAAGGCCGGCCUGGCCUCGGGAGUGAGUGGCGAGAUGUACCCCCCAGGGCUGGAGAUGGAAAGGAUCCCAGGGGAGGAGUUCGAGGAGCCCACCGAGGGAGAAAGCACAGAUUCAGAGGAGGAGACGGGCACCCCGUCUGCCGCCCCCACAGAGCUCUCCCCCAGGCCCAAGCACCCCCUCCUGUCCAGCAGUUUGUACGGCUCUGGGAGCCAGGGCUCCAGCCACGAGCGCUGCUCCCUGUCCCAGUCCAGCUCAGCACAGUCGCUUGAGGACCCCACUCCAUUUGCGGAGCCCCCAUCUGAACACUCCCUGAGCCAUAAACCCGAAGACACCCACACGAUAAAGCAGAAGCUGGCCCUCCGCCUAAGUGAGAGGAAAAAGGUACUCGAUGAGCAGGCUUUUCUGAGCCCAAGCAGCAAAGGGAGUACCGAGUCUGGGUACUUCUCCCGUUCUGAGAGUGCCGAGCAGCAGGUCAGCCCCCCAAACACCAACGCCAGGUCCUAUGCCGAGAUCAUCUUUGGCAAGUGCGGGCGGAUCGGGCAGCGGACAGCCAUGCUGACGGCCACCUGCACCCAGCCCCUCCUGCCCCUGUCCACCGAAGACAAGCCCAGCCUGGUGCCUUUGUCAGUGCCCCGGACACAGGUGAUCGAGCACAUCACCAAGCUCAUCACCAUCAAUGAGGCCGUGGUGGACACCAGUGAGAUAGACAGCGUGAAGCCAAGGAGGAGCUCACUGUCUCGGCGCAGCAGCAUGGAGUCACCCAAAUCCAGCCUCUACCGGGAGCCCUUGUCAUCCCACAGUGAGAAAACAAAGCCCGAACAAUCACUGCUGAGCCUCCAGCACCCGCCCAGCACCACCCCCCCUGUGCCUCUGCUGAGAAGCCACUCAAUGCCUUCUGCCACCUGCACCCUCAGUACACCGCACCACACCUUCCGAGGUAGCUACUCCUUCGACGACCACAUCACCGACUCGGACACCCUGAGCCGCAGCAGUCAAGUGUUUACCUCCCACCCCCGGAUGCUCAAGCGCCAGCCGGCCAUCGAACUACCUUUGGGAGGAGAGUACAGUGCCGAGGAGGCAGGGCCGAGUGGCAAAGACACAGCCUCCAAACCCGCAGAAGAACCUGACCCCAAGGAAAGCGAACUCACCAAAAAGACCAAGAAGGGUUUGAAAACAAAAGGGGUGAUCUAUGAAUGUAACAUAUGUGGUGCUCGGUACAAGAAAAGGGACAACUACGAAGCCCACAAAAAAUACUACUGCUCAGAGCUUCAGAUUGCAAAGCCUGUCUCUGCAGGUGCUCAUGCGUCUUCGGAAGCCGAAAAGAGUCAGGCCGAGCAUGAGCCCUGGUCCCAGAUGAUGCAUUACAAACUGGGAACCACACUGGAGCUCACUCCACUGAGGAAGAGGAGGAAAGAGAAGAGCCUCGGAGAUGAAGAAGAGCCCCCUGCCUUUGAGUCAACAAAAAGUCAGUUUGGCAGCCCCGGGCCAUCUGAUGCUGCCCGGAACCUUCCCCUGGAGUCCACUAAGUCACCAGCAGACCCAAGUAAGUCAGUGCCCUCCCUCGAGGGACCUACGGGCUUCCAUCCAAGGACUCCCAAGCCAGGGUCUGGUUCAGAAUCAGGGAAGGAGAGGAGGGCAACGUCCAAAGAAAUCUCUGUCAUCCAGCACACCAGCUCCUUUGAGAAGUCCGACUCGCUGGAGCAGCUCAGUGGCUUGGAAGGGGAAGACAAGUCCCCGGCCCGAUUCUCAUCACCCCCACCUGCUCCUCACGGACGCCCAGCUCACUCCCUGCAACCCAAGUUAGUCCGCCAGCCCAACAUUCAGGUUCCUGAGAUCCUGGUGACCGAGGAGCCUGACAGGCCAGACACAGAGCCUGAGCCACCCCCGAAGGACCCUGAGAAGACGGAGGAGUUCCAGUGGCCCCAGCGCAGCCAGACACUUGCGCAGCUCCCAGCUGAGAAGCUGCCACCCAAGAAGAAGAGACUGCGCCUGGCAGAGAUGGCCCAGUCUUCGGGGGAGUCCAGCUUCGAGUCCUCCAUGCCUCUGUCUCGCAGCCCAAGCCAGGAGAGCAGCGUCUCUCUGAGUGGGUCCAGUCACUCCACCUCCUUCGAGAGGGAUGACCAUGGAAAAGUGGAGGCUCCUGGACCCUCAUCUGACACGCGCUCCAAACCCUUGGGCACCCACAUGCUGACCGUCCCCAGCCACCACCCGCAUGCCCGAGAGAUGCGGAGGUCAGCCUCAGAGCAGAGCCCUAAUGUUUCCCUUUCUGCCCAUAUGACUGAGACACGCAGCAAAUCAUUCGACUAUGGAAGCUUGUCCUUGACAGGCCCUUCUGUGCCAGCACCAGUGGCCCCAAUGGCCCCAGUGGCCCCCGCAGCCCUGCCAGAGAGAAGAAAAUGCUUUUUGGUGAGACAGGCCUCUCUGAGCAGGCCUCCAGAAAUGGAGUCAGAGGCUGCCCCCAAGGGAAGACAGGAGAGUGAGGAGCCGAAGCCGUCAUCCAGUAAACCUUCACCCAAAGGCUCCUCAUCCCAGAUUUCCUCAUCAGCCACCUCACACAGUGGGCACCCUGGAGGCAAGGGCCAGAUGCAGGACAGACCCCCAGUGGGGUCCACUCCACCCUACACAGAAGCACUGCAGGUGCUCCACCACCCCAUUGCCCAGCUGCCCCUGCAUGAGAAACCAUACCUGACCCCACCUGUCUCCCAUUUCUCCUUCCAGCACCUAUUGCAGCAUGAGCCAGGGCAGCCUUCAGAAUUCUUCUCCACCCAGGCCAUGUCCAGCCUCCUCUCGGCACCAUACUCCAUGCCCCCGAUUUCUCCCUCCUUAUUUCAAGCCCCACCACUUCCUCUCCAACCUACGGUUCUGCACCCAAGCCAGCUCCACCUCCCCCAGCUUAUGCCUCCCCCAGCCAACAUCCCCUACCGACAGCCCCCUUCAUUUCUCCCCAUGCCGUACCCAGCCUCCUCAGCACUCUCCUCUGGGUUCUUCCUGCCCCUGCAAUCCCAGUUUGCCCUUCAGCUCCCUGGUGAUGUGGAAAGCCAUCUGCCAGAGAUCAAAACCAGCCUGGCCCCACUGGCAACAGGAACCACUGGCCUCUCCUCCCGCACAGAGUACAGCAGUGACAUCCAGCUGCCCCCUGUUGCUCCCCCAGCCAGCUGCUCAGCACCCACAUCAGACCCUCCACUGGCCCCGCCCACCUGUCCAGGCACUAUGGUGUCCCUGGUUGUGCCCGUCCGCAUUCAGACUGACAUGCCAUCUUACGGGAGUGCCAUGUAUACCACCCUUUCCCAAAUCCUGGUCACGCAGUCCCAAGGCAGCCCAGCAACUAUGGCUCUUCCCAAGUUUGAGGAGCCCCCAAGCAAAGGAACAACUGUAUGUGGGGCAGAUGUGUAUGAGGUUGGGCCUGGACCAGCUGGGGUAAGUGAAGAGCAGAACAGAGGUUUCCUGACUCCAUACCUGAGAGUGCCUGUGACAAUACCUGAAAGAAAAGACACUUCCCUGUCAUCAGAGAGUGUCUUGAACCUGGAGGGUAGUUCAUCAACAGCAGGGGGAAGCAAACGUGUUCUUUCACCAGCUGGCAGCCUUGAACUUACCAUGGAAACCCAGCAGCAAAAAAGGGUAAAGGAAGAGGAGGCUUCUAAGGCAGAUGAAAAACUUGAGCUGGUAAAACCAUGCAGUGUGGUGCUUAUCAGCACUGAGAAUGGCAAGAAGCCAGAGAAAUCCCACUUGAGCAGCCAGGACCAGGGCAGGAGGGAGCUAGAAACACUACCCAGCCUGUCCUCAGACCCAUCUGACCCAAAGGAAAUUCCUACUCUUCCUCACCCAUCAUCACCCCAUGUGACAGCCCCAGGCUCAGAGGCUUUGAAAGAAUAUGCCCAGUCAUCUGGUAAACCUCAUCGAAGAGGGUUGCCCCCACUAAGUGUGAAGAAAGAAGAUUCCAAGGAACAACCUGACCUCCCUCCACUGGCACCUCCCAGCUCGCUGCCUCUGUCAGAAACGUCCCCCAGGCCAGAGAAGUCACAAGAAGGUACGGACUCAAAGAAGGUACUGCAGUUCCCCAGCCUCCACACGACCACUAAUGUCAGUUGGUGCUAUUUAAACUACAUUAAGCCAAAUCACAUCCAGCAUGCAGAUAGGAGGUCCUCUGUUUACGCUGGUUGGUGCAUAAGUUUGUACAACCCCAACCUUCCGGGGGUUUCCACUAAAGCUGCUUUGUCCCUCCUGAGGUCUAAGCAGAAGGUGAGCAAAGAGACAUACACCAUGGCCACAGCUCCGCAUCCUGAGACAGGAAGGCUUGUGCCAUCCAGCUCCCGCAAGCCCCGCAUGACAGAGGUUCACCUCCCUUCGCUGGUUUCCCCGGAAGGCCAUAAAGAUAUAGCUAGAGUGGAGAAGGAAGACGAGAAGCGAGGGAAGCCGGAGGAGGACGCUCCUGCCUCUAAGAGAGGGGAGCCGGCGAGGAUCAAAAUCUUCGAAGGAGGGUACAAAUCAAACGAAGAGUAUGUAUAUGUGCGAGGCCGCGGCCGAGGGAAAUAUGUUUGUGAGGAGUGUGGAAUUCGCUGCAAGAAGCCCAGCAUGCUGAAGAAACACAUCCGCACCCACACUGACGUCCGGCCCUAUGUGUGCAAGCAUUGUCACUUUGCUUUUAAAACCAAAGGAAAUCUGACUAAGCACAUGAAGUCGAAGGCCCACAGCAAAAAGUGCCAAGAGACAGGGGUGCUGGAGGAGCUGGAAGCCGAAGAAGGAACCAGCGACGACCCGUUCCAGGACUCAGAGGGGCGAGAAGGCUCAGAGGCCAUGGCGGAGCACCAGUUUUCAGACCUGGAGGACUCGGACUCAGACUCGGACCUGGACGAAGAUGAGGACGAGGACGAGGAGAGCCAGGAUGAGCUGCUGGGACCGUCCUCGGAGGCACCCCCACCCGGCCCGAGGGCCACGCUGCCCGUUGGCUCCUCGCCUGUUCAGGGCCCUCAGCCCCCAGAUGCCACCUCUGGCAGCCAGGCCACACGGGGCAGCUUGGUCUCAGAAGCCGAGCACUUGGCAGCCGGCGGUCGCUCCAUGUCCAGCCAAAGCACCCUGUGCCUCCCCCCACUGGAACCGGCCCCUUCGGACCCCAUGGAGAAGAACACAGGCUCAGCCCUGAGCUCAAAAGCUGUAUCCCCGAGACGGCCGUGGUCCCCAAGUAAAGAAGCAGGCAGCCGCCCAUCGCUUGCCCACAAGCACUCGCUGGUCAAAAGCGACUCAUCUCCCCAGCGACAUUCACCGACCCGAGAGUCACAGGCCUCAGUCCCAAGCCCGCCUGGCCUCCGGACGAGCCGCCUCCCUUGCGGGUCUCCAAGACUUGAGCUGUCUCUUCCUAUGUCCCGUCCCUUGGGAAGGGAACUGCCCCCUCGAGCACAUCUACCCGCUGAACGCGAGGGUGCCACAGACCCAGGCCUCCCCAGACACUUGCCUACUGGGAGACUGUCUCCAGGCCAGGCCCAGUCACCACCACAGUCAGAGCUGCCAGGGAAGUGGGCCCUGGCUGGGCCGGGCAGCCCUUCAGCGGGGGAGCACGGCCCAGGUUUGGGGCUGGCCCCGCGGGCUCUCCACCCGCCUGUGCCUCUACCUCACAUGCUUCUCGGCAGAAGCCCUGAGACCUGCACCUCCCUGUGGAAGGCCGAGUCCCGAAGCCCCUCCUGCUCACCUGGCCCUGCUCAGCCUUUCUCCUCGCGCCCCUUCUCCGCCCCUCAUGACUUCCACGGCCACAUCCCGGCCCGGACAGAGGAGAAUAUCUUCAGCCACCUCCCUCUGCACUCCCAGCACUUGCCCCGCGCCCCCUGCCCCCUGAUUCCCAUUGGUGGGAUCCAGAUGGUGCAGACCCGGCCGGGGGCCCACCCCACCCUGCUGCCAGGGCCCACCACAGCCUGGAUCAGUGGCUUCUCGGGGGGUGGCAGCGACCUGACAGGAGCCCGGGAGGCCCAGGAGCGAGGCCGUUGGAGUCCCACUGAGGGCUCGUCAGCCUCUGUGUCCCCCGUGGCUAAGGUCUCCAAGUUCACACUCUCCUUGGAGCUGGAGAGCAGGGACUACCCCAAGGAGAGGCAGAGGACGGGCGGGGGCCUGGGCAGGCCUCCCGACUGGGAGCCCUGCGUGGGUGAAGCGCCUGCAGAGCCCGUGCCAGCGCACGGCCCCCGCACCUCACCCUCGCCCUCACCCCGGCCACCCCACCACCACCGGGCAGAGCCCUGGAGCCCCCGACUGGAGUCACCGCACACGCCGGCCAGUCCUCCAGCCUCUGCCUCCCCACCACUGGACCGCAGCAGCUCCGUGGGCUGCCUGGUGGAGGCCUCCACUCACUUCCCAGCCCGGAGGAGGAACCUCUCUGGGGAACCCAGGACCAGCCAGGGCUCCUCCGAGCCCUCAGGAAGCGGGGGGCCCAGGGUACCUCCACACCAGUCAGAGGGCAGGGGCCCCCCAAGCACUUAGCCUUUCUCCGGCCGCUUCAGCAUCUGGCUUCCAGUGUUCAACAACAGACGUUUCCAGCCGACUUCCUCCAAUCAUCUUGCUCUCACGGGCUCCCCGUCCCUUCUGUUGGUCUGUCCAAGCAGCUUCUGCUCAGUCCGCGUGUUCUGUCUUCCCACGUAUGCAGUUACCUGUGCCUUUUUCUAUACCUUUUGUUGCUUGAAAAGAAACAAACAAAACACACACACACACAAAAAUCCCCACAAGGAGUCUGAGGCUGUGAAUAUUUUGUGCUUUUUGAAAAAGGAUAUAUAGGUGGUGCCUCACCCUCUGCACUGUGGUUGGCACCACCCCCAAGGCUGGCAAGCAGCAGCCAUUUGCUAAGGAAAAGGGGAUGCACUGAGGGAAUAAAAAAAAAAGAAAUUAAAAAAUAUAUAUAAUUAAAUGUAAAAGCAAGCACUCCUAUGUACAGAUGUUUAUGGUUCCUAUUUAUUGCUGCUUUAUCCCACCCCAGCUACCUGCCACCCCUUGCGGCCAGCAGAAGGGCCAGCAGCCCAAGACAGGCACAGACACAGGCAGGGAGUCCCCACUUAGCCUCCACAGGUAGGUCUGAAAACUCCAAUUUUCUUUUUUGCAAGAAAAAGGAAAUGUUGUUUUUUCCUAGGAUUUCAACACAAAAUAAUAGGAGCGGAUGGAAGGUAGGAGCUGGUUGGUUCCCGCAGAACUUGCAGAUACCUGGGUGGGGUGAGUUGUGGGCCUGUCCUGGCUUUUGCCCAGUGGGCACAUUCCCCCCACCCCUCCCCUCUACCUCACCCCAUGUCUCCCCUGGGCCUUCACCCCUAGUCCUUGGGCUGGGAAGGGAGCUUCAACCAUCAUCGUCUCCUGGUUCCUGAGCACCUGGCCUAGGCCUUGCUCUCAGGGCCCCAGCGACAGGCUGUCUUCCUUAUUCUAGAAACUGCCUACAGGGCUGCAGGGAGAGGGCCCAACCCUUAGGGGUCAAGACCUGAGGUGCACCGCCUCUGCCGUUCCUGAGGCUGGGGCUUAGGGUUCAUUUCACGUUUGGUCCCCGGGGUCCAAAGGGUCCUUUUCCGUCCAUGGCUGGGCUUGUCCAUUCUCAGCACUGGAAGUUUGCAAGAAGCUGUUUCUGGAUCUCUUUGCAGCAGGACUGGUUCCCCCAGUCCCCACCCGCACACAGUCAGACCUCCACUACCCCCAGGAACACCCAAAACCAUGACUUGGGGAAGCUGUCCAGGCCUCUUUGUUGGCUUAAAUAUCUUUACGAAAAUAAAAUUACAUAUUAUAUAUAUAUAAAUGUAUAAAGACAGGAUCAUUUUGGUACUUCCCCAGCCUCCUCACAUUCUCCUGACCUCAAAGAAUUGUCAGUUGUCCCAAGUCAUGUGAAUUCUUCUACAAAGCAGUCAGUAUUAGCCAGUGCCUCCUUCCUCAUCCCCAUCUUCUUAUCUCCUCUUUCAAGAAACUGCUUUGUAUUUCCUGGGGCAAAAAUCUGCUUUGUAGGAAAAAUAAUAUGACUAGAAACUAAAAUCCCAAGUUGAAAUAUGGAGCUUGAACUCUAGUAUGUUUACCCUGCCCUGGGAGAACUUGGAUUUUCACCAACCUUCUAGAAAUUAUUUUCUUUGGUUUCUACAAGGGCAGAAAGCACAGGAAGCAUGGUCAUGGCCCAUCCAGGCCAUGUGCUGAUGCCACCUUACAGAGCAGGGAAUUCCUAUCCAGUCCCAGUCCUCAGCCGGGCUUUACGGAUCCUAUGCCCGCAGUGGGGACCUGAGCUGUGAAGUUGUUCAGAAAGGACAUCAUAAGGUGGGGAGGGUUGGGGCACCUUCGUGAGCUCCGCAUAUGUAGCUACAGCUCCCUUUUCUCCCAGACCACAGCCUUGGCCUGCUUAGCCUUUACUAGGUGGAUAAAGCAGCCACAGGUCCAGCCUCUGCAGAGCCAGGCCACGUUGUUCAUUUCCAUUCAGCCUCUCAGAGCUAAGACAAAAAGGGGACAAUACAGAAGGGCCUUCCUGGGAGUCUGCCGGGGUCCAGAGUGCCAGGGUGGGGUUGGCCAGCAGCUCCCAGCUGCCUAGCCCAGAGUCUGGGGCUGUUGCCCACCCUUGGAGAAAACCAGCAAGCCCCACCUUGACCAUAUUGACGCUAGCCUGGCAGAAGGUAGGAUGGAGCCCAGGACCCAAUCCCAGCCCAGGCUGGAGGCCAGAGCUUUCCUUACCCUCAUCUUUCAGCGCCUUUUUGUGGCACUGCCCAAGGACUGGAGACUUCAAGCACUGAGGCCUGGGAACUGGAUAAAGGGCAUUGCUUCAGCCCAGGUGUGAAAUCUUCCUGGGCAAGAUUUUCCAGCUCCAGACUUACAAAGCAGCAGACAGGGGGCUCUGCUGGAAUAGCUCCUGACCUUGGGAGUGGCCACACCCCUCCACCCAGCCCUCUCCCUCAGCUCUCUUGAGCACUGUUGCCCCUGUAUUUGGACAGCCCACCCACCAAGGUUUCCUUUCUAGAAGGCUAAUUUCAGAGACAGCGUGGCCAGCAGAAAGAGUCCUUGCAGCCACUUGGGCCCCCAGGCAUAGGCAGAAGGGAUGGAGGCCAGGAGUCACUGGAGACCUAUUUCCCAAUGACAGGAACACAAUGGGCAAAAGGAGCCUAGCAGAAGGGCUGCUGCCCCACACGUGCCCAGAGAAGUGGACUUGAUGCCACCAGCCUGGGCUGCACAUCACCGGGUGCAGCUCUAACACCCCCUGCCAGACUCUGCCCCUCCCCCCAGGUAUAGAGCCCCCCGCUCCCACCCGCCCUUACACCUUCACAAUUUGGAAAAACACUCACUCCAUGCCUUCCCCUGGGCCCUUUGCCCUGCUCCCAGCCACUCCACAUUUCCAGUUUGCCUGUGACACUAUUGUCCUUGUGAAGGGACCCAGUGGGGAAGGCAGUGCUAAUUCUGUGGCUUAGACACCUGUAGCAGCAUGCUCUGGUGAAAUGUGCAGGAUGUCCGUUCCUCUGUGCAGGCCCACUCUGGUCCUUGGGUAUUGGCAUUAGGGAGUGGGGAAGCCAAGGUUUGUUUGAGAGCCAACCCUUGCCUUCUGGUGGAGAGUCCAAGCCACUUGGUCCCCAGGCCCACCUUCCAGGAUGCCCUUCACCCUCAGCAAGCUCAGAGUCAUUCUGGGCACUAACCCCAUUCCUCUCCGAAGCGCCUUUCCCCAGGCCAACCCCCAGCCCCAUCCAAGGCUUACACUCUGGCCCUAACCACUGAGACGCUCCAGUGGGCUGACGGCAGUGCACUGCCCACUCUCCCAUCCCCAUCACCUCCAACACCCAGAAGUCCCUCCACCUCUUGUGGGGGAAAAGCCCAAAAAAAUGAGCUUACAGAUUCCUCUAGCCCCUACUCUUACUCAGCCCUUCUGAAUAGGGACCAGCAAUUUAUCUGCACCCAGCUGCUCUCUGAUCCUUUCUCCAGACAAAUUCUUCCUAAAGCAAAAGUCCUGCCUGGUCAACCUUCCCUGAAGACAGAUCUGCAGCCCUGACCAUGGGGAGAAAGUCCCCAAAGGCCUGUUCCACCAAUCUGCUUCCGUGUUGUGAAUCCAGUCUGCUUUCCAUCAGAAAACCGCUUCGGCACUUAGGAUCACUUUACUAAACUUAGUGUUAAAAAAGAAGAGAAAAGAAACAGAAAAAAAGAGAAGAAUGUGUAGGCAAACGCAAGAUACAUGCUCUCUGUAAGAUAAAUAUUUGCCUUCUUUUUCUAAAAGGUGUAUGUAUUCUGUAUGUGAACUUGUCUGUAGAGAGUUUCUAUGUUCUUAAAUGGCAAUACAUUCCAAAAAUCGUACUGUAGAUAUGUACAGUGACCACACUGGGAUGGGGUAGUUUUGCCUGUAAUUUUAUUUAAACUCCAGUUUCUACACUUGCAUCUUGCAAUGUCAGUAUGGUAUGUAUCAGUGCAAAAGAAAAAAAUACACAACAAAAAAUCCAUGCAGGUCUAAAGCA